AUGGUUGGUAGGGUCGUUACUCGUUCUUCAGGCUUAUCUGUAGAAGAAAGACGGUCAAGUGUUGUUGACAACACAGGACAAAUAGACAAUAGUAAUAAUCACGAUGCCCUUGAAUCUAUGGAGAAUAAAGACGAUAGAAGCUAUGAACGGAAACCUAGGAAAAAGCGUAAGACAUUCAGUUGUGCACUUUGUCGAAAGUUCAAAACAAGAUGUGACUUUGAACCACUAGUGGGUAAAUGCCAUCGUUGUAACGUUUUACAAUUAGAUUGUUCACUGACACGAGACAGAGAGGAUGAAAUUAUAGCAGCGAUUGAAGAAUCUUCUAAAUCUUCCAUAAAGACUGGAACCGCUGAAAAUCCUCUUGCGGAACAUUCUUCCAAUGAUGGGAAUGUAGUUAUGGGAGGAAACACAGUAAGAAAUCCAUUAACAAGGACGUUAAACAAUAGAUUAAAUCGGUUAGAAGAAGGGUUUAACAAUGUUAAUAGCAAGCUGGAUUUGCUAGUAAUGUUAUUACAGGGGAAUUCUGGUGUAAAUCCAUUAAGUAGAAUGGGUGAUGAGUUUAGUGAUGAUGAUUCUAAUAAUACUGAAGUACCAAAUGGUAGUAAAUUGGUCCAAUUUCCAAAAUUGAAGGAGACACCUUUAAAAUUGAUACGCGACUUAGAUGAAAGGUUGUUUCCAACGAGGAUUACUUCUGAAAAGGAUAAAAUUGCCAAGAAGAGUCGUCCCUUUGUUGUAGCGAGAGUCAACUUUUUAGAAUUUUUUGAAAGGCACAGAAAGCUAUGCUUAGACUUAUCAAAGGAAUUUCUAGUUAGAUCACAUUCUUGGAUUAUUCCUGGUGGUAUUAAAGAAAUUGGCGAAGAGUAUGCCUAUAGGCAUGUGUUUAUUACAAGUGUUUUCACAAUUAUAGCGAUGAGUUUUGACGAUAAUGAGAAAUAUGCAGAGGAACAAGAGGUAUUGUAUCCGUUGGUAGAAAGACUUUUGACAAAUACUUUAACCAUGUUUGACAAAUUGAUACCUCAUGAUAUUGAAGCCAUUCUUUAUUGUUGUAUGUUUAACGUUUCCAGGAAGACAAAGAGACAUAGGCAAUUACAGUUCAAUUCACUUGUUUUGAGUAAUUUUGCCAUUGAUAGUUUACUUUCUAUUUUAGAUUUCGAUGAAAUUAGGAGAAGGGUUUUGGAACUGGAACAGUAUGAUAUGGAGGAUCUUUAUCAUUUGAGGAUUUUAAACUCUUUGAGCGCUUGCAAAUUAGAGUACUCUAUCUGCUACGGUAAUUUUUCACCAAUGAAUGAUACUCUUAAGGAUUUGAAUAAUUUAACUGCGAAAUUUCCACAAGCUAUUUUCGGAGAUGAUAUCAAGAUUAGUGAAGUCAAUUUGGGCAAUAUAAUUAAUACUUUGUUUCAAGAUUUCGAAUCAUUUUUCAAUAGUACAAAGAGAAAUUUUCUCAGAGAUCAUCAAAAGGAUAGUGAUGAUGAUACGGAAGGAAUCUUAGUUUUCCAAGAAUUUAAGUUUUGGUUGAAAAAUUGGGAGGAAUUGUUGUCUAAGGAUGAAGGAGGUGUAUUACAAUUGACAUUUGAUUUCUACCAUAUAGUCAUCUGUCGAUCAUUCAUUUCGGAAUAUUUAGACCAAAUGGAAGAUUUCCCUCUUUUCCUUAGUUAUACUUUAAACACCAUGAGGAAGCAUUCGUUUGCCCUCUUAAAGAGUUUUCUAAAGUUACCGCCUUUUUUGAUCAGAGGAGCUCCCAUUUUAACAUCACAUCAACUGCUUUAUGCAUGCUUAGCACUGUAUGACUACUUACAUUGGUUUGAUCAUUCAGAUCGACAGAAAGUUCUAAACAUUUGUACGAGGGUUUACUGGCAUUUAAACAAUAUUGGAGAGAAGAUGAACGAAGCUACAGAUAACGUAGGUAAAAUUAUCAAAUCGUUGAUAGAUUCCAGCAAAUACAGAGUUGGCGUACAACAAUUUUCACUGGAUCACGGCCUUAAGGAAAUACCAACUAAAAAUGUUGUAGCUGGAAAUUUAGCUAAUUCGCCAGGAAGUACACAUUCUUUGAUCAGUUCUGUGGAAAGUACGGCGGCUGGGUUUACUAUGCCAGACGUGGAACAAUUCAGUACUUUCGAAGAUUUUUUCCAAGAUUUCUUCGACAAUUUAAAGCCGAAUGCUCGGAGCAUAUUUGCAUCUUCCAAGUAA